CACUGACCUCAGUUAAGAUCCCCACUUCAGCAAACGACAACUCUCUUAUAUAUAAAAGAGAACGUUAAAAAUUCUAUGUAUAUUCUUCCGCGCAUCGUGCAGGUACUUUCAAAUAGCAUUAACAAAAUUGAAGAUUCGAAAAAUUGCUUUGUUUUUCAAGAAUUCGUCAGUUAAAAUAAGGAUGAUUUUUUUGUUAAAUUCUUCAGGAAUUAUGUGCUUAUUAUUGUUAUCUUUGAUUUAUGAGCAACAAACAUUGGUAAUAGCAACAGAAAUGGUACCAAGGGUAUGUCUGGGAUGUAUAUGUGAAGCUGCUUCUGGAUGUAAUAUUACAAUUGGUUGUGAUGAAUCUGUUUGCGGACCAUUUCGUAUAACAUGGAAUUAUUGGGCUGAUGCCGGUAAACCAACACUUGAUGAUAAUUUAAACGAAAAUGCAUAUGCACGAUGUGUAAACGAUCCUUAUUGUGCAGCUCGUACAGUACAAGGUUACAUGAUGAAAUUUGCUCAGGAUUGUAACAAUGAUGGUAAUAUUAAUUGUGAUGAUUUUCUUCGCAUUCAUCGAUUAGGUGGAUAUGGAUGCAAUGGUUCUUUAAAUUCAAAAUAUGAGAAUAUUUAUAAACUUUGCAUGCAGACUUUUGAAAAACAAUAAUUAACAAUGCAGGAACACUUAAGAAGAAUAUAAAAUUACAUAAAGAAUAUAAGAUUAUAUUUUACACACAUACACACACACACACAUGUAUGUUAAUAAAUAUAAAAAAUAAAUAUA